UGCUGGUGGAAAAUAGUGAUUUUUCUUCAUUUUAUAAUAUUUUAUUCAUUUUAUUUUGCCCUAGAAACCAGUACAUAGUGUAUUAGAAGCUGAAUUUCUUCAGUUAAGUGUAAAAUGGUGGAAACUGACGAUGCAGCGGAGCUUCUUUUCUUUGACACCUUUUCACAUGAAGUGGACACGGACAUCAAUCUCGAUCUUGUGCAGUUUCCAAAGCCAGUGUAUAUCACUCAAGUGCGCAUAAUACCAUUGGGAGCACGCGUGCAAGCCGACUUUCCCGGCGGUGUGCGCCUCGGUGCCACCAAUCCCUCAAAAUUUGAUAUUGAAUUUUUCGUCAAUGAUUUGGGCAUGCCGGGUGCCUCCACAUUUGAAAAUUUAGGUCAAUUAAAGUAUAAUCAAAACGAUUGCAUUCAUCUAGAAUGUACACAAGAGAAAAUACCCACUGAUGGUUUGGUAUUACGUGGCUGGUAUAGCACAAUUACUUUGGCAGUGUAUGGUAUACUAACCAAUUCGAUGACUGAACCAAUUGCAAGCCCACCACCGCUACCUUGCGAACCAGCUGGUCCUGAAGAGAUUUGCAAUUUAAGUGGCAGUAGUGAAACGCGUGAACCAAGCUUGCUGGAGGAGACAAGCAAAGACGAAUGGAAGGAACCUUUACCGAGUGAGGUGCCAUCUGUACAUAAAGCGAAUCUUAGCGAUUUUGAGCGGGAUGAGUUGGAGUAUGCCGGUGGGCGGAAUGACCACUACCAACAAUCCGGAGAUGAACGUGAACGUGGCAUGCGAAAGACUUCGCAUUCUUCGGAGCGCUCAUUACCUUCGCGUAAUCGCACGCACUCGGAGAGUAAUGAAAGAGAAUAUUUGCGCUCACGUGGUGAACGUGAUCGUGAAAAAAUAUCGCGGGACUGGUCACGCAGCCCUGAUUACUCGCAUCGUUCGCGUCGCAAACGCUCGGAGCGUUCACGUUCAGACGCCGAGGAGUCACAUAAAUGGCCGCCGCGCACGCCACCUGUAUCGAUCGACUCGCCAACACGUCCUCGGUCUCCUGACAAUAUGGAGUAUUCGGAAGACGAUGUGCAUUAUAAACUUAAAAAGCGUAGUUACAUGCGUUCCGAUGAGUCUUUGACUAACGGUGCGCCGGAUACACAAACUAUAGACGAUGACGAAACCCCCGGCACGCCUGGUGAACAAUAUGAACCCAUACUCAGCGAUGAUGAAAUUAUUGGCGAUGACGAUUCCAAUGCUGCAAUUGAACAAACCUUGGGCAACGAGCUCGAAGCAGACAUGGUAGCGGCAGCUGCUGCGGCUGGUCCCGCCAUAAUCGAAUUCGAUCCAUUUACUAUGCCAAUUUGUCGUUAUAAUAGCGAAAUGCAAGCAUUGUAUCGUAAGGACCUGGAAACGUUGGCAGCUAUUAUGCGAAAAUAUGAACUGCAAACGAAAUGUACCAGCCUAGNGUUCACAGCUCUCUUCAAACUGUACAAAGAAAACUAUAUGGCGGUAUCGAUCAAGCUUAUGCUGCUCAAGGCAGUUUACGCCUUGCUAGAUACCAAGGAAGGCAUACGUUACUUCCUUGUAGGCGGCGAAACAAACGGCUAUCAGUUGCUGCUGAAUAUUUUGCAGCAGUCACAUUUGACUCGCACCAAAUUCGCAUUGCAAUCGAUUGUAAAGAAGUUGCACUUGAACGAGGCGCUGGAAUGUGUGCGGGAAAGCUGCAGCAAAUUAUUCGUACUGACAAUUAUACCUGGCACAGCGCCUGAACAGUAUGCUGCCAUCGAGCAAUCUAUCGAGCAAAUUAUGGAUGCUUUAGUGGACAAUUCGUUGUCCUAUCAGCAACCGAAACGAUUUCUACCAGUCUCAAAGAAGUUCGAAAUUGCUGUGGAUACCGCAGCACAACGCGGCUUCGCCAAUGCACUACAGUCCUACUUUGUGCAACAUACGCUAGGUGAAUCCCUGCUUCUGCUGCUGAUCAAUGCCAAUGAGGUGCCAUCGUCGUUGCUAUUGCGUGUCCUAGAUUUGUUACAAACUUUGUUGCAGACGCAUGUGGGUGUGGAUUAUUUUGUAGAUGAUUGUUUUGAAACGACGCAGUUGUUGGUAGCUGCACUGCUUGAUGAGGAAGUGCCCGAAGAUGUGACGCCUACAGAGGAACAGGACUACAAAGUGAGUGCAAGUGAAUUGCUAAAAAUUUGGAAAUUAAAAGCUGAGAGUUUAGAAAAUGUGUUAAGAAGACUGAAAGCGAAACCACAGCCGACACUACCAUAGAGCUAGCCGAAAGCUAAAGAAUCAAAAGAGGAUGAAAAAGAGUUGCAGAACUCUGAACACUCAAAGGAAUCCACACCAGCAAGCACUGAAGCAAAAGCACCGCUUCGGAAACCCUUACUGGAUCGCCUACAGCAACUCGGCUCUGAGCUGGCGCACAAAGUGCAGACACGCUACCAUUUGGAUGCUAUUAUGCAUCUGACACGCGCCGAAAACUAUGACAUCAUCCGGCUUGCUACACAUUUGCACGCACUGUACUCACAGACCUGUAACACGCCUGGACGACAACAUACGGUCGAAGUGAUAGGCAUGAACAACAAUAUGCAGUUCUUAAUGGAUCUCAUACAGAAGGAACAGCAUUUACAAGCGCAACGACAAGUCGCCUCACCGGGUGCCAUAAAAAGUCCUGUGCUUAGUUAUGCUGUGGACAUGGUGGAUUGCUGCGUGCGCCACUGCGAGCAGUUGGACUAUCUGAUUGAGCACGGCGCCAGCAUACUCGAAUUGGCAAAGAAUCAUGAAAAUUUUGAGCCUUCAGUAUCGGCUGUGUUGCAAGAGAUGUGUUACUUGAAACCUUUGGAAUCCUUAAAUAUUUUCGCAUACGACAACAUUACACCACUAGUUGAGGUAAUAACGCGUUCGCUGGAGUAUAUAACCACCUUUCCUGGCGAUUUGAUUAUGGGUUUGCGUAUCUUGCGUCACCUAGCCAUUGGCCCCACCUGCAAAGCAUUCCGCAGUUCCAAUACAGAGCAGCUGAAAUAUAGAUUUGUGACGCUGCAGUUCUGCGCUGAUGGUGUGCAAACUAUUGUGCAAAUACUUGAAAAAUUAUGUUCAUAUUUUGAACAACCGGGCCUACACACACCCGCUCUGGUGACUCUGCAGGGCCUUCAUUGCUGUCAGAUAAUAUUACCAGCUUUGCAAGUGCUGCGCGCUAUGCUUUCUUGCAUACAAUGUCGAGAUGUGGAAUUUAAGGACUUGACUGCCAUCGAUCAUCUAAUGAAAGCAUAUUUCCUGUUGCAUUAUUUUCCGUCUUCCAGUCAUGCGGCGCAUGAAAUAGCACAAGCCAAGCAGGAAAUCAUACAGAUAUUGCUGGCAUAUACGCAGCCCAACGAACAGGACGAGGAAUCGCUGCAUAAAUCAUUGUGGACGCAAAUGAUUAGAGAAAUAUUAAAGAACAUUGACGGCGGCACAUUCAUACCAGGCUUGCAUGUGCUCGCCGAAUUGCUGCCGCUACCAUUACCCAUACCAUUGCCCGCCGAUGCGCAGCUACCCGAAACUCAAACUCAGCGCUUGAUUACCGAGCGGAAGCUUUGGUCAGCACAUUUGCAUCCGCAGAGCGCACAAAUCGCCAAACUUAUUGAAACCAUUGCACCUUCCACUUUUCCGCCUCUGGUGGAUCUAAUGACAAAAGUGUGCCUACAACUUGCUGACUUGGCUCCCAACAUGAUACUUAUUUCAAAAACUCUUAGCGAUUUAUUGUGCGCCGAAUGGCAGUCAGCUUCUGCCACGCCCAGUGCACAAUUAGCGCGCUUGUUGAACUUCUUCGCGCGUCUAACGCCUUUCGCCGCUUUGAAGAUUUCCGCGAUGUCCAUACUCAGCGGGAAGUUGUGGGAACUUUCCAAUGGUGCUCUGUUAUGCUGGGCCUGCGUCAGAGGUUGUGCAAAAUGCCAAUUGGCCAUACAGCAUAUUUUAAAGAAUUUUAUAGACGCGGGAAUAUCGUUCGUUUCACCAAAAUCAACAGCAACGCCAGAAUUGAAUUUGGCCGCUGCAUUGCCGGCGAAGGAGUUGUUGCCGCGCAUUGUUGAAGCUAUACUAACAAACCUGUUCAAUAGUGGCCAGCAGGAGAUGUGCGAGUUGGCGUUGAAUAACUUGAAUCUUUUAACAGAACUUGAGUAUGUAUAUCAUAACGCUUUUCAUUUGACGCAGCAGCUCAAACAAAGACGCGCUGAAUUCCAACAAUGGCUCGAAAAGUUCCUUAAUUACGCUGAAUCAGAGCGGGCGCGCUUACCCUCCAUUGAGUUUCUUAUAGCUUUUCUACACUCGCUGACGCAUAUUGCUGAAUACUUGCAGCAACAGCAAGCUAUACCCAUACGCACCAUUAAAUGGAGUGUGCAGCUAUCUAACUUGCUAGGUUUUCAAAAGAACGCGAAGCCCCAUCUAAUUCAACGCUUGAGUGCCGCGCACACAAAAUGUAAGGAAAAAGCGCCCACACAAAUUAAGGUAGAGGAUGACAGCACUUCCGCUAAUAUGUUGCCUGAUGUUACCACACUGUUGGAAUCCAUUGAUAGCGCUGCGUCAGCGAAUGAUGAAGAAGCUGCGAAUGUUGCGGAACCAACACUUCCGCAAAGUGAGGGCAUUGUCAUGCAAUUUGUUGCACGCCCCAUUUUCGUUGAAUUUGACGAUUCAGCGGAUGAAACGCAGCUGCAGGCGCGCUACUGGUUGCAAGCUGCCUGUGUAGACUACGAUGAGUGCAAGUACGAACGCGUCGCUUGCGAUUUAACCGAGUUGGCUGCAGAAUGCUUGUCCCCCGAGACGAAUCUCACAUCAGAUUGCAAGCGCGUUCUACAUUUGUCUGCUUCACCGCAAUCGAAUCGCGAGCGCACGCCCACAGCGCCAUGCUUCCGCACGCGCCGUGUUGAGGUGGAGCCGAGCACUGGACGACCAGAAAAGAAAAUCUAUAUCACGCCCGUGCGCGGUCGUGGUUUUGCGCGCGCGCCCCCGUCACGCGGUGAUCUCUUCCGCUCACGUCCACCGAAUACAUCGCGUCCGCCAUCAUUGCAUGUGGAUGAUUUUCUUGCAUUAGAGACUUGCGGCGCGCAACCUACUGGCCCAACGGGCUACAAUAAAAUACCUCCUAUUAUGCGUGGUUCACGUGUAGGGCGCAAUCGUGGUACACGUAUUUCGACGGCAGCGGCAUUUCGCAAAUCCAAAGUUAUGCGCACGUCUUCGCCCUCAACUUGGGCAGACGGUGGGUCGCCGCAUUAUCGCAGCGCCACCACCGAACCACACUUUGGCGAAACGCAUUACUCGGGCAAUUCGCAUUUCGGUGGACGCUCACGUGGUCGUGGCGGCCGCCCGCGACCCUAUCUACGCUAGGAUUUAAGUAAAACUAAACAAAAUGAACAUAAUUUAAGUUAACUUAACUUUUUUAUUAAAAAUAUAAAAGUACAUUUAAACAC